AUGGCGGCGCCGGGCACGGCGGAGCAGCGCUGGCUGCGGGAGGUUCAGGACUUCGCUCGCCGGGCGCUCCCGGGGCCGGACGGGCAGGAGCCAGCUGCGCUGGAAGCGGUGCUGCGGUGCCUGCGGAGUGCGGGCGGCGGGGCGCUGCCGCUCGGCUACAGUUUCAUCUCCAUCUCUGACCUGCAGCAUCAGCAGCGUAUACCCUGCUGCACCCACCUGACCUGGAGUAGUAACGAAUAUAAAGAAUGGGCUCAUCAAGGACAAGGUGCUUUACCCACGCACAGAGCUUUGCCAAGGACUUACCUGAUCUUGGUUGGCUAUUUAACAGAUGGAAGGCAAGAGAACAAAGAAAAGUUGGUAGAUGGUUGCCUAUAUGUGAAGGACAAUACUGGGAUAAUUCCAUGUGAGCUCCUGCAUUUUGAACUUGAGUGGCUGGAGUCGCUGUUCCUCUUCCCAAGCUGGUCAUAUAUACCACAGACAGACCAGAGUGCAGCAGGAUACUUGGAAAUCCUGGAGGAUCCAGUGCCAGUAAACGCCCCCAAGGAAGUACUGCACAGCGUUCCAGUCACCUACUCACCAUCAGCUGAGCCACUGCUAACCUCCAGGAUUCCAUGUAGGAAAAGAUCAAAGCUUACUGUAGCAGGUGAAUUGAUCAGACUGGGGCCUCUCCUUUGUGUUCGCAACAAGACUUUCUUCUUUCUGUUUCUAAAGUGCUUCGCCUCAGGUAUUCAUGUCCCUGUGCUGGUGCAGGAACCCAGCCAGCUGGCAUGGCAUCAUAUCCUUCAGUUGGGUCACAGGUACACAAUAACAGGCCUGAGUAUGUCCAGACUGAAGAAAUCUGGACAAAAGACGUUUGUCACUAGUGUUCCUUCCUGCCUUUUACCCUACUGUGCAGAGCAUAUGAGGGAGCAGCCACUGAACAGUACUUGGCAAGAAGAAUCCACUCAGUCUUCUUCCCUUGAGACUGCUGAGCAGCUCAGUGGCUCCUUGGCACUGGGAGUUGAAGAGGAGAGGCCAAGAUCAACCAAAGAGUCCAAGAUCAUCUCCUAUGUGGGAGUUGUCACCAAAAUACUCAAUGUCCAAGCGGGUCUGUUUUUACUGGAUAACCAAGUCUGCUUGUGCCUUGCUUACCUGCCAGUGUUGAAAUCUGCACGUGGACUCCGGCCGGGAGCAUGUGUGGAACUCAUCGAUGUCCACCUUCUGCAGAAGCCUCUGGUAUCCUUCCCUUUCAUUGUACUUGGUGCUUGCCUGAGCAGCACUGUUGUGCUGAAGAGUUUCUCAAGGCUCAGCACUCCCUACCAGCCACCAGCCUCUUCAGGAAAUCUGUGCUUACAGCUCCUCUUCCGCUACAAUCUUGGUAUACCGCUCUACCUCUGGCUGGUGAACCUCCUGGAGGCCUUUGAGGAGAGGUUUUCUUGUUUUUUCGGGCACCAUCGUCUGCUUAGCUGUACUCACCAAAACCCAGGAGCUGCUGAAAAGUUCCUUGUCCCCCUUCUGCAAGCUAUGAUGCCAGACAGAGAGGAAACAAGAGAUAUUUAUAAUGAAAUUCUAGCAAAAGUACACCAUUGUCCCCUGCAGAAAUAUUUUACUCUGGACCCCCCAUGCCAGGCCCCAUCUCUGUCUGCAGUUUGCCGUGUGGCAGAACAGAAGAGCUGGGAAGGCUUCAGUCCAUCACAGUUGCUCUCUCCCUUGGAGGCACAGCAUUUGGGCACCCAGGAGCUGAAUCGCAGACUGGCCUGGUCCUACUGCACACUCUCAGCAGGAAGUUUCCAGCCCAGACUGAUACUACUGGGUGUGCUGAGGGUCUCCUCCAGGAGCAGUUCCCUCCAGCUGCAGGACAAGAGCAGCACACUUCCCUGUGUGAUAUCCCAGAAGGAUGGUAGUCCCUUUGCCAAUACAGCUCUCAUAGGGUCACUCUUGCAGGUGGAGAACUACCAACUUGUAGUGGAGAGAUUCCUUCAGGCUGAUUUUCCCUCCUGGGAGCACCUGGAAAAUCUGGAGCAUGUGAGGGAGAAAAAAAACAGUGUCUAUGUGCAGUUCUACUUUGAGGACGUUCAGGUUCUCCAUGCUGCUGGAGGACGACUCCAGAAAGGCCUUAGGAGUGAAAACCGCUCCUCUUUGAGGAAGAAGAAAGACAGCAGUGUAACACCUGAGCUGGAAGCUCCUGAGGCAAAAGUGCUGAAAUUGGAGGAUCCCAAGGCAGAUACUCACAGAGAUGAGAACUGUCAGGAGGGGCAGAGCAGCACUGGAACAACCAGCUGUGUAUCUCACCUGUUCUUGGUUACCCAGAAAGAGGGGCUUAUGUUACGCAAUUACCAACCACCCAGAGAAGAUGGAGAAGGACAGGAGCUGCAGCGCAGUUUCCAAGCCACAGUGCUGUGGCUGGGCAGACCUCGGCUGUGGAGCCACCCCAGAGAAAUUGGGAACCUACUGGAGCUGGAGGACAUCAGUUGUGAUGGAGAAGAGGGCAUGACACAGCAAGAAGCACUGCUCCUCUUCAUGGGAAAGUCUCUACGAUGGUUUCCAUUUCUGCACCAGGAUGGACUGUAUCGCUUCAUUGUGCCCUGCUGCUCGGACUUGGAAGUGUUUGACAAGCUCUGUUUUCCACCUGUACCACCAACGUUCCUGACCAGGCCAUCCUGCCCCCUGUGCCUACCUGUCCAAGAUACCUGGCACUUACAGCAUGAGACCUGGCUCUCCUGUUUGCCUGAACGCCAGCUGGCAGCCAGGAUGGCGCUGACAGGCAUGGACCAGAGAAUUUUCUCCAUUCCAGAAGUGCUUAGCAAUAGUUUUACAGGUUCCCUUGUUUCUUUCUCUGGUGAGAUAGUGGAGAGGACCUUGUGUGCCUCUCCCAAGAAUGAAAAGCCAUCUGUGACUGUUCGCCUUCCAAGGCAAAAAGGGAACCUGCUAACCAGUGAUCACAGUGUGAAGCUCAGCGUCGCAGUUGCUUCAGGCUCCCCUGUUGUGAUGGACGUUUACAUUACUGCCACCUAUCUGCAGCAUCUCUGGGGUUUGCUACCUGGAGCCAAGAUCCUCUUCCAGAACUUGGAACGCAAAAUCUCAAGAUUUCAUAAUGUUUAUUGCACAUACAUUGCCUGCAGCUGUGUGAGCAUCAUAUCUCUGCCAGCUUCUCACCUACUGUUUUCUUCCAGUCCUGCCGGAGAAGCCUCAUGCCCCUCACUAGUGUUCCUGUCCAACUUACGACCUCACCUGCAAAACCAACCCCGGGCACGGAUUUUAUGCCACUUGUCCUGUGUACUGGCUGUGUACCUGCAGUGGGUUUGCUCACUUUGCAGCAGCAUUUUCAAGGAGGGGAGGUGCACCCGACACAAUCCACCAUGUCCAUCACACACAGGAGUGAGACAAGCCAGUGCACGGGUGCUGGUGGAGGAUGGAACGGGUGAAGCUGUGGUGCUGUGCAGGAACGAACACGUGGCAGCAAUGCUGGGCCUGAGCCUUCCCGAGUGGGAAGCUCUGCAGAACUGUGUGCGGAGCAGGGGCAGCGUGUCCAUUCAGCAUGGGGAGGCUACUGGCACGGGGUGUCUAGAGGAACCUGAGGAUCUUGUUGCUUGCUACCUAAGGAGUCUGUGCAGAAGUCCUCUCAUCUGUCGCCCUAUCCUGCUGGAUUUCAGCCUAGACAGGAAGCCCUCCAAGAUCCUGCAGCCUGCUCCACCGCAGCUGAGAAAUUUUCGGUGUGGUGAAGUGGAGUUCGUGUCACAAGUGGGACCUCGUCUGAGCCUGCUUUGCCUGAAUGUGGAAGAAGUGGAACAAGAUGCCUUAAGCUAUCUGAACAGUGAGAGGAUUAGGAGGACAUCAAGUUACUGCUGAGUGAGAGACACUGUUUAACGUCUCUCCCACUGGGAGAAGAAUUAUGGAAAUACGUGCUGGGAUUGGAAGCUUUUCUUAUCUCCUUUCCAGUGGGAGCACAGGCCUGUAAGCACAGGGUGAGGGGCGCAAUCAGGAAAGUGCUGUGACUUGCAGAAUUCCUGAAUGGUCCUUCUGGACCGUUGUCCACCACUGCUACUGGGCUACGUUUUGGAAGAGAGAUGUUCAAUGCUUCCUAGGUGAUCGCCGUUGCCUUGGGCCUUGGGCACACAAUGUGUGUAUUUUAUAUGGUAGUAUCUACUAAAUAAAGCUAUUAAAAUACUAUUUCAAAAACACUGUGUCUAUUUUAGUAUUAAGGUUUACUUGCUGGAUGGGGAAUGAGCCAGAACAUCGAUCCUUGAUUUAUGAGCCAGAGACAGGCAUUUUGUAGAUAGCAAAACUAUACAGCUGCCACAAGUUAUGGUCUUCUUAACCUAAUUGAAAUUAUUAAAAUUACACUUCUGAAGUAUUUCCUUCAAGAAGAGAAGGGAAGUGAAUCAGUUACUGUAUGGAGACCAAAUCAUGGUACUAAAUCACAAGAUUAUUUGGAUGUGGCAGCUUAAACAGCAGCCUGAACAUUACAUGGGGCUGGUAAGAAGAGGCAGGCAGUGGGCUGUGAUACAGGCUCACAGCAUACCCCAGGCUUGCCCAUCUAUUCCUAAUCAGGAAGGAGUUGCCAUGGCAGUGCCAGUAUCCAUGGUGGCAUGGCAGAGUAGCCAAUACGACAUAUAGGACAUCACCACCUGAAGAGAUUACUCUCCCUUCCGCUUGCAUUGAUGACUGAGUGUUCUGCACUCGCUUUUGGCAAAAUAGCACCCACAUCCUUCAUCUUGUUCUCCAGGCUAGUAAAUUCCACGUGCCGUUACUUCCCUGCCUUAACUCAAUGUGCAGUACUGACAGCACGUUUGAGCAGCUACUGUCUGGGGUUUUGUUUACUCAGUGUUUCCCAUCUGCCUUUCUCUCUUUCCUCUUAGUUUGAGCUACGUAUUAAAUGUUAGGCAGUGGGUUUAUUGGGCGUGUGUAAAGUAUCUUCCCUCUCAAAGCCUGCUGUCCACUUCUGAGACCAAGGCAUGAGUGACACAAGACCUGACUGUGUCACUGACCAUGCAAUAAAGUUCUGAGACGCCAUCCUGAAAGAGGUCUAUGUAAGUUUUGCUGUGACAGCCUUAUUUUCUGUAGGUGCUUUCUGCAAAACAGUAAAGACUUUGCUAAAGCUUACCUACCACCCUCCAGAAACAAAACAAAACAAAAAAAACCCCACAAAAAUAAACUAUCUCAGCCUGAGGAAAAGUCUGACUGUAAGUGAUGGAAGAUGAAGAGAUCAAAAUCUGAUUAAAAAGUGCAACUGAAAAUAAUAUGUUUAACAGAGAGUUUAACAGGCAGUUCUACAGAAAUAGAUAAGAAGUGUCAGGUAACGCUUAUUUA